ACAAUGUAUCAGGGCGGCUGUCUGGCCCUGGGGCUGGCGCUGGCGCUGGGGCUGGCGCUCAGCCUGCCCCAGCCCUCGCUGCCGCCGCCGCGCUCCAGGAGCAGCUCGGUGGUGAUAGACCCGGCCACGGGCCAGCUCAGCGUGGUGGAGGGCUGGGAGGCCGGGGCCAUCGCCUGGGCCAACCUCUCCAACGCCAUCGACGAGAAAGGGUGGGCCUUCUUGGAUCUGGCUACCAAUGAGCAGUACAGUGAUGCCCUGCAGGCGUAUGCAGCUGGGGUGGUGGAGGCAGCUGUGUCCGCUGAGCUCAUCUAUAUGCACUGGAUGAACACAGUGGUGGAUUACUGUGGCCCCUUCAAGUAUGAGACUGUCUACUGCGAGAAACUGAAGACCUAUAUCGAGCUGAACCUGGCUUGGAUGCAGAAGCAGAUCGCGUCCGGCCAGGACGUCGAGUACUGGCACCAGGUGGAGCUCGCUCUCCUGCAGCUGAAGGGACUGGAGGACAGCUACCAGGGACGCAUAGCUUUCCCAUCUAAGAAUUUCACCAUCAGCGCCUUUGGAUUCCUCUUGUUCCAGCUGUCGGGUGAUUUGGAGGACCUGGAACCCGCCCUGAACAAGACGCAGCAGAGGCGGGUCAUGGGCUCGGGCUCCUGCUCGGCCCUUAUCAAGCUGCUGCCCAACAACAGCGAGCUGCUGGUGUCCCACGACACCUGGAAUUCCUACCAGCACAUGCUUCGCAUCAUCAAGAAAUACGCCUUCCAUUUCCGGACGCUGCCCAAAGGUGGGUCACCACUGAUCCCUGGGAACGAGCAGGUGUUCUCCUCCUACCCUGGGACCAUCUUCUCCUGCGACGACUUCUACAUCUUGGGCAGUGGGUUGGUGACCCUGGAGACCACCAUUGGCAACAACAACAAAAAGCUGUGGAAGUACGUGAAGCCUCAGAACAGCGUCCUCGAGUGGCUGCGUAAUAUCGUGGCCAACCGGCUGGCCCACAAUGGGUCCACGUGGUCCGCCAUCUUUAAGAAGUUCAACAGUGGCACAUACAACAACCAGUGGAUGAUCGUAGAUUACAAUGUUUUUAUUCCUGGGAGGUCCAAGCCCAAGGAUGGCCUACUCACUAUUCUGGAGCAGAUUCCGGGCAUGGUGGUGGUGGCUGACAAGACUCAGGAGCUGUAUGAGAAGGGCUACUGGGCCAGCUACAACUUACCGUAUUUUGAAUCUGUGUUCAACGCCAGUGGGAUGCCAGACCUGGUGAAGAAAUUUGGCGACUGGUUCUCAUACAAGAGCAGCCCCCGAGCCCGGAUCUUUGAACGGAACCAGUCACUGGUGCAUGACGUGGACUCCAUGAUCCGGCUGAUGAGGUUCAACAACUUUCCCAAUGAUCCUCUGUCCCUUUGUCUGGACUGCAAACCUAUGCAGAAUGGGGAGAAUGCCAUCUCAGCCCGCUCGGACCUCAACCCAGCUAAUGGGACCUACCCCUUUUCUGCUCUAUCCCAGAGAUCCCACGGAGGCAUAGACAUGAAGCUCACUUCUUAUGCGCUGUCCAAAGACUUCCGCCUAAUUGCAGUCAGCGGCCCCACGUGGGACCAGUUACCCCCCUUCCGAUGGAGCUCAUCACCCUUCGCCAAGCAGUUACACAUGGGUCAUCCGGACCUCUGGAAGUUCUCCCCCAUCAAGGUGUGGUGGCAGUGAAACUGGGCAUCAGCCCCUCUCCCCAGCACCCCACCACCCUUGACCCCAGUUCCUCUCCUCCUCAUCUACCCUGGCCGCCUGUUUGUCUGUCCGACCCUGGAACCCCAAGGAAUAUGCCUGCCGGGCCCGGAGGGCUGAGGUCCCUCCACUGUCUGCUGCUUCAUUGGCUCUCGAGCCACCUGCCUUGUCCAAAGAGGCCCUGAGGGCCUUAGGGGACCACCAGUUUCCCAGCCCCAUUCCUCCCAUUCCCUCCUGAGCCCUGAGCUCCAGCCUCUGAAAGCAAGGUGGCUUUCCUGGAGAAGGAUGGGAGGAGAGGAGGCUUCUGGGCUUUACCUCUGUGGCUGAAACCCUCAAGGAUCUGCUGGACUGUGGAGAGCCUGCUUCCUGCCUUCCCAGACCUGUCUCAUUUGAGGAAGCAGGCUCCCACCUUUCUAGGCACCUCCCCCUUACAGCUUUGUUCACUGAGACUGCACUCCCCCAAUCAGGCUUCUGCCCCCACCUAGACAGUGAUGUGGAAGAGCUAGGCAUGACGCCCCCUGCCUCAUUCCCCCCCAUGUCCAUACUGUUAGCCUCCUUCUUUGGACUGCCCUUCUGGAACAAAUUUGGAAAAAACAAAUGAACACCAAAGUACAUCAGACCUUCCCCUGAAACCCUGGACUUAGAGGUUUGGGGGCUUAGGCUUUCCCUGGGCUCCCUGGGCUGUGGGUCUGUGUCCCUUUCCCCAGCUUCCCAGGCUGUGGGCUCUGUCUCUAGUGCCUGACCUUGCCAUAAGUGGGGACUGUAGCGGGGAGCCAGCCCUCUUGGGUCUGUGGGUGGGACUCCUGGUGCAGUGGCCCUUUGCUGACCUCCCUGAUUUCACCUCCUCACCCUAGCUAACUCUUACCACCUCUCACUGAUCAAGACCACUCUGGGGGGCAGGGGAGGGGUUGGCCUUGCUUACUGACCUGCAGGCCUUGGAGAGAAGGCUGGGGCAGGGAAGCAGCUGCCUCCGUGGAAAUGGCAGCGGUCCCAGAGGCCCCUUGGAGAACACUGGAUGUCCUCCUCCUGAGCUCUCUCUGCUGCAGCCCCUCCCCUCCCCAGGGCCGAGCUCUGCCACGCUCAGAGUGCCUGAGAGGUUUGUGGCGACUGGGCCUUGGGCUCUCUCGUCGCCAGGCCGCAAAUGGAUGCAAUGUUAUUAAAAGAGAGACUAUCACCUCCA